AAUAAUUCAGGAUGCCAGGGCGUUCCAGUUCCAAUUCAGGUUCAACGGGUUUCAUAUCCUUCAGUGGGGUAGAGUCUGCUCUCUCCUCCUUAAAAAAUUUCCAGGCCUGUAUCAGCUCUGGAAUGGACACGGCUUCUAGUGUUGCUUUGGAUCUGGUGGAAACCCAGACUGAAGUGAGUAGUGAAUAUAGUAUGGACAAAGCAAUGGUUGAAUUCGCUAUAAUGGAUCGGGAACUAAACCAUUAUGUAAAGGCUGUUCAGUCUACAAUAAAUCAUGUCAAAGAAGAACGUCCAGAAAAAAUACCAGACUUAAAAUUACUGGUGGAGAAGAAAUUUAUGGCUUUACAGAAUAAGAAUUCUGAUGCAGACUUUCAAAAUAAUGAAAAAUUUGUACAAUUUAAACAACAGCUGAAAGACCUGAAGAAGCAGUCAGUGAAACCUAAAGAAGAUGGAAGACACAAUGAGUUGGACGAGAUUAAAGAUAAGAAUGCAAGUAGAGCAGGCAAAGAACGAGACGGUCUUCAAGCAGACAAGGAGGCUGAUGGAACUGAAGGCAUUGACGAAGAUAUGAUUGUGACCCAGAGUCAGACCAACUUCAUCUGUCCCAUCACACAGGUAGAAAUGAAGAAGCCGGUGAAAAAUAAAGUGUGUGGCCACACCUAUGAAGAGGAUGCCAUUGUUCGCAUGAUUGAGUCUAAGCACAAGCGGAAGAAAAAAGCCUGUUGCCCUAAAAUUGGCUGUAGCCACACAGACAUUAGAAUGUCAGACCUCAUCCAGGAUGUGGCUCUCAGAAGGGCGAUUGAGAGCCACAAGAAAAGACUUCGUCAGUCCGAGUAGGAAAAGGCCACCUGGCUAUAGGAGGCAGCCUACCUCCCACCCGGCCUUCUGUUGAGAGAUGCUUAUCAAAGCAGUUAGGGACCAAGUGCACAGCAUACUUUGGAUAAAAUUCUAUGGUUUUAAGUGUGAUCAAAAGCAUUUUUUAAAGUGACACAACAAUGACAACAAAAAAACCCAAGCAUAUUGUUUAUUUUUGCUAUUCUAUCAUUUUAAAUAAAACUUUGAUGACCUGCAGCACAUACUGCCUGCACACCCCUGAAGUGUACAUUGUUCCCAAGGUGCAGGCUUUUCUCUGUCAAAUACUUCAGACCGACUUUUGUUACUGUUUUAACUAAAGAGCGUCUUUCAAGUGAUGUUUGACAUGAACACAUGUAGGAACAGGCCAAUUGCAAAGCAUUUUCUAUCCAUAGAGUAAAUAAUAGCAUUAGGUUAUAAAACAAAACCAGUUUAUUUUUGUAUAUUAUCAUUGUCAAAUACGUACAUGUUUUUCUGUGUCGUUCUGAGUGGCAUAGGAUACUCUAGUAAUGGGCUUAUCGAUGAUAAUUGAUGCCCACACUGGUCUCUUCACUGUCGCCCUCCGGAAGCAUCAAGUAUCAUUCCAAAGCAAACACAUCCUGACUGUCCUGCCUGCCUGGGUGGCUCUCUGCAAGUGACCUCAUCACCCUGAGCCUUGGUGUCUUCACACAUACGUAAAAGUGGUGAAUAAGAUGCCCUCCAGUGUCCUGUCUGCCCAAUAGUCUGUGGACUUAGGACCAGGAGAGACUUUACAUUGAAUAUCUUCAUUUAUAUUGUAACUACGUGAUGAGUGCCAAUCUAUCGUCUCCCAUCAUUACCUUUAUCAACUAGACUAAUGAAACCAACCGAAGCAUGCUCUGACUCCACUGGGAAACCAGGCAGUUAAAAAUGGCUAGCAUUUAUUGAAUGCUUGCUGUUUACCAGGUGCUAUUCUAAGUGCUUUACAUCACUCCUAUGAUCUUCACAGCCCUGUGAGAAAGGUACAGUUACUCUUCCCACUUUACAGAUAAGAACGAGGCCCAGAGAAUUGAAGUCACCUAUGGAACACUGGAGAGCGGGGCAGUGCCCGAGCAGGACCCAGGACCUGGGCGGCCUGAUGCCAGAGUUCUCUCAGUUCCUAAGCCCAUGCUCUUCUCCCUGCUGAUUUAUUUAACAUCUGAAAAUAUAUUCAGAAUCCACAUUUAAAAACCCUGAGGUGAGCCAGCAUGUGGCAUGGAGGUUAAGGUGCUGGAUCCCACGUGGCCUGCUACAUAGUUCAAGUU